AUGUUCCAGCCACCGACUGCAUUGAGGCUGCGUGCACCCACGCACUACCUCGUGCUAUUAUUGCGGGAGUGUCAGAUGCAAACGCAUCCGCAUUGGCACGUUACUGACGCUGACGACUCUUUUCAGAGCCAUUGCGGUGCUUUCUGA